AUGGGUGCUAUCGAAUUGGAUCAGAAGUUGUUGCAGAAGUUGGUGUCCAGAAAAGCAUCACUCGAGGAAUUGGAAAAGCUCGAGAGCAACUGCGUGUUGGACACAUUCCACUACGAGGAUGCCUUUGAGCUAGGUUCGCUCGUCAGAAGAACGGCAAGGGAAUUGUUUCCUGAGAGAUGUGUUGCAAUUGACGUGUCAGCAUCUAAUGGACACUCCCUCUUUCGAGCUGUUACGUUUCGCGGGAGCAGUUUAGAUAACGACAACUGGAUUGAGAGGAAAAGGAAGACUGCCUUGCGAUUCAGUCGCUCUACUUUCUACAUGGGCAACAAGAAGGGAAACCUGUCGCCAGAAGACAAGUUUUUUGUUGAUUCAAAAGAGUAUGCUUUUCAUGGAGGUGCAGUACCUAUCUUCUUGAACCAAUGCGACUAUCCAGUUGGGUGCCUCACCGUCAGCGGUCUGAAACAGGAGGAGGACCACUUGUUGGCUGUCACUUGCUUGACCAAAUACGCUCAAAGAACUGCUCCGGCCCUCGACCUGGAUUAG